GCUCGUCAUUACAGGAGUGGGGCACUACUGUUCGCAUACUAGUGGUUUCAGAUACAGUUUGUCUGAAAAGAAGUGUCAUACAGGAAGAAAAAAUGGGGAAAAGGAAAGAAGGUCCAGUGAGCUCUGACGAGGAAGCUGGGGACGACUCUAGCAGCCAUUCCCCACACAAGAAGCACAAAAAGCACAAGAAGAAACACAAGAAGAGGAAGUCAGAUGAACAUAGUGGGCCUCUGACAUACAGUGCCAGUCCCUGCAGUGAGGGAAAGUCUACCAUAAAGCUGAAGAUAAAGAUUGGUGGCGAAACUCUGGGCACCAAGAGUGUGGCAGAAGAAGUGUUUAUAAAAUCACCAUCCAAACCAGCCCCUGCCAUCAAUGUGACAGACAACUCCUGGGAAGAUGAUGACGAUGAUGGUGAUGUUGAUGUAGACACUGGAACAGAUGACCACAAGAAAAACCUUGAAGAGUCGGACGAGGAGAAGUGGCUGGACGCUCUGGAGAAGGGGGAACUGGAUGACUGUGGAGAGCUGAAGAAGAUGAAAGACCCAGCUUUACUGACUGCGAGACAGAAAGCACUGCUUCAUGGUAAACAAGACAAGGAUUUGCUGCAGUUACCAUCAGGUUAUAAAGUCACAGAGUUGACAGAAGAGCAGAUCCAGAGACGACAACAACGAGCAAAGAAGAGGCGACAGCAGGCCCAGGAGAAACGCGAAAAGGACAAGAAACAAACUAUUGACAGGCUUUUGAAGAAACAGGCCACUAAAGGGAAAGGACCCAAGAAUAAGUCCAGGAGAGCCAAUAUUCCACGUUUCUGCUACCGGAACAUGCGGGAUUCAAUCACUAUCUCCAUACCACAAGGAUAUAAUGUACCCAUCCUGACCCAGCCUCUGGAACCUCACAAGGUGCCACCAUCGAAGGUGACCUGUGGGGUGGCUGGGUGCAAGAACCUUAAGAAGUAUUCCUGCUCUAAGACUGGUGUGCCACUCUGUGGUUUAGAAUGCUACAAGAAAAACCUAAGCAGCCAAGGUAACAUGACUAGACGCUCCUCACAGACUGUUGCGGCUGUGAGGUGAAAUCCUCAGCCUUGCCAUCCGUAGGAUAUCAUCAGAGACAGUUGCCACUUCAGUAGCCAUGGUAUUAUGAGUAGGUGAUUAUCAGAAACUGUUUGCUACAGUGAGACAAAACACCAGCAGCCACGGUAGAACGAACAGGGAAUCGUCACAGACUGUUGCCACUGAGGUAAAAAUCUCAAAAGCUUGGUAGCAUGAGCAGAAGAUCAUCAAAGACUUGCCACAGUGAGGUAAAACUCCAGCAGCCAUGGUAGCAUGAACAGGAAAUCAUCACAAACUGUUGCCACUGUGAGGUAAAAACCUCAGAACCUUGGUAACAUGAGCAGAAGAUCAUCAAAGAUUUGCCACAGGGAGGUAAAACUCCAGCAGCCAUGGUAGUAUAAGCAGAAGAUCUUUGCAGAUUAUUGCCACCUUCAGGUAAAAACUCCAGGAGCCAUAGUAGUGUGACCUGGCUUUCCCUUCAAACUGUUGCCACCUUGAGGUAAAGACCUUAGAAGCCAUGGUGGCAUGGCCUGGUGUUCCAUCAAACUGUUGCCACCUUGAGGUAAAGACCUUAGAAGCCAUGGUGGCAUGGCCUGGCGUUCCAUCAAACUGUUGCCACCUUGAGGUAAAGACCUUAGAAGCCAUGGUGGCAUGGCCUGGCGUUCCAUCAAACUGUUGCCACCUUGAGGUAAAGACCUUAGAAGCCAUGGUAGCAUGAGAAGGGGAUCAUAAAAGACUGUUGCAUCUGAGUUAUAGAAGGCAAGAACCAUCAUCGUGUCAGCCCCGCCAUCAUUGCUCUGAUAAACAAAUAUAAUGUUCACAACAUGGGGCUUUAGACCUACAAAACCUGUAUCAUGUAUUGUAGAUUUCUCUCUGUAACUCUCACAGCUGUUACCAUAGUUACCAUAGUCUGUAACUACGAUAAAUGUACAUGGAAGUUUGCCUAUUACUAAGCUACACAGUUUGCCUGACUCUGAUAGUUCUGUUGAGUUAAGAAAGUUCCUUUUGUUCUUUGAUGUAAUAGCCGUAAAAACGGACAGCCAUUCUGUCCAGUACACACAGAAAUUCAUCGGGAUAUUUUUUUGAUACAGGUUUAGGCACUUUGGCGGCGGUUUCAACUCCGGUCAUUUUUCUAGUGAUUCACUGGCGUCACUCUGGAGUACGAGAUUAAAGGCUAACAAAAUAAUCCUCCCACAAUAAUGCUGGCCGCUGACUAUAAGUGAAAUAUUCUUGAGUACAGCAUAAAACACCAAUCAAAAUAAAUAAAAUCAACAAAAUAAAAUAAUUAAAUGAAUUUGUUGGCCAAGUCAUGCUUUCGAAGAGACAAAUUGUGACCUGUCACAAGCAAAAAAACAGAGAAAGAAAAUAAUUUUAAAACAAAGAUUUUAAUGAAGGCAAGAAUAAUGUGCUUACUGUAUUUACAGGUAUGGUUUAUGUUUGGGUGUAAUAUUUAUAUGAUCACACAGUAACACAGUAUUGUGAAUUCUCUUGAAAAAUAACAUUAACAUCCUUAACAUUCUUUUGAUGUUAAAUAUAGUUUGAGUAAACGUGUUAAAAUGUGUUUUUGUUAAUUUGGGUAUUUCAUCACCCACUAAGGUAUAGACUAUGUACAUGUACGUGUACACGUAAAGGAAGCUCACAUACAGGCAAACAAGGAUAUACAGGCAUCGCAACACUUCUGAAUGUGGACUAUGGCGCACGAAUUCUGUAUGAAAAAGCGUCAAACUACUCGUUUCUUUUUAAACUGUAUAGUGUAAUUCUUCUACUCGUUUCUUUUUAAACUAUAUAGUGUAAUUCUUCAACAUAUUCGACCGGCUCGGAUAGCACAGUUGGUAGAGCGUCGGCUUUGGGAGCGGUAGAUCCAGGAUGAAUCCUGGGUCGAGUCCCACCUAAGAGGAAGUUGUAACUUCCUCGCUUGGCGUUCAGCAUAAAGGGGAUAGUGCAACCACUGGUUGACCCGUAUCAGUAUAAUGGCUUGGGCGAAGCGGCUUACUUGCCUUCGGUAAGUCAUCUCAGUGAAGCAACAAGAGCGGUGGAAAUCUGUCCUGCAACAAGGAGGCACAUCACCUACACCCUAAGUAUUUCUUCGUCGCCAUAUGACUGAGAAAUUGUUUAAUACGUUAAACCCCAAGCACUCACUCACUCACUCAACAUAUUCGCCUGUGUGCAAGGUGUUUAUUUAAGAAUGUCCUGAAGACAUUAUUCUAUGUAGAUUGAUAGAAUUGAUUGAUUGACACUUAUUGUGACGCCCUGCAGUUGGCCAAUCCAACCAAUGUAGUUUUGUCUCCAAAAUUAACUUUAAAAUGUGCAUAAACUGCACUGAAAGUUGCUCUUUUAAUAUGCGAAAAGGGUUGAGGAAUUAAGCUACAUGAAGAAACAAGAAAUUAUUUUCGGGAAAAUAAGACAUAGGCCAACUAAAAGACAUUGAAUGUAAACAGGUGCAUGUAGUUUGGUCAUUUGUACAAGUUAUCCAGUGAAAUAUUUAAAAAGACUAGACAGAUAAAACAUUCAAUGAGUAUAAGACACAUGUACAUGUAGCUUACCUAAAGCAAGAUCAUUACAAGAAGGGAUAGAGUAGAAAACGUUACAUAUAUAAAC